AUUUGCAUAAGGAAACUGAAUCAACCACUUUAACAAUGUAAUACAAUGUACAUUGUACAGAAUCAUGUACAGUGUAUUAGAGAUACACUCGUCCAACGUCACUGCUUUUUGGCUGAUCAGCUGGAUGGCCGGCAUGCGAGGUUUGUGUGUGGAGUUUUGGUUGUCGUGUCAUCAGUACAAGGGCCGUGUGAGAGGAGAGAACAACCCCAAUCUCGCCAAUAAUAGCUAGCGAGACUUGUCUACUAACUCCUGUUUAUAAACCUACUAACAGGGGUAAGUUAAGGCACAUACAGGGGUAACCACGGCCCUUAACUGAAAACAAAGCUAUAUCUUCUCCUUGGAAAAUUUACUUAGUUUUUUCCAUGUCUUCUCGUCUGUUUUGUAGUCGCAAGUUUUCCUGAAAAAAAUUAGUAUAGUUGGUGUGAGCUUGAUCAAAAACUCUGUCUAAAUAAAACAAUCAUGGCACAACAUACUCAGUUAGAACUUCUAUGCUGUGAAGUCGAAAGUGUUCGGAGGGCUUACCCAGACCCAGUUCUUCUAAAUGACGAAAGAGUUCUACGGAAUCUUCUUGAAGCCGAGGAAAAAUACACACCAUGUGCGGAUUACUUUGCAAACCAAUUCCAGACAGAAAUUAGACCGUUCAUGAGAAAGAUGGUCGCCCAGUGGAUGUUUGAGGUUUGUGAAGAACAACAAUGUGAAGAAGAGGUGUUCCCUCUCGCAAUGAACUAUUUAGACAGAUUUCUCGCCGUGCAACGGAUUUCAAGGAAACAAUUUCAACUGCUUGGAGCAACCUGUAUGUUCUUGGCUUCAAAAUUAAAAGACACAAUACCUCUAACAGCCGAAAAGCUUGUCAUUUAUACUGACAAUUCCAUCACUUUGGAUCAGCUAUUACACUUUGAGUUGAUCGUACUUCGUAAAUUAAAAUGGGACCUCUCUGCAAUAACACCCCAUGACUUCCUAGAACAGAUUCUACACAGACUACCUAUCUCAAACGAAUGUUCCCAGAAACUAAGAAGACAUGCACAGACAUUCAUUGCCUUGUGUGCAACAGAAUACAGCUUUGCAAUGCAACCUCCCUCAAUGAUAGCAGCUAGUAGUGUUGGUGCAGUAGCACAUGGUUCAUCACACAUACCAAUCCCAAAACUUAUCGAUCAACUACAAAGGAUAACAAAAAUUGAAUCGGACUGCCUUGUGUCUUGUCAGGAGAGAAUGGAGUCCCUGCUUUCGGACAGUCUUACACAUCCCAUGACCCUUGACCUCGCUGAGGCCACAAAGCACCAUGAGAACGACUACGAUAAGGAGCAACCCACGACACCAACGGAUGUACAAGAGGCCGCGAAACUUCUCUGCCAAUCUGGACCUAGCAUGGCCCCAACGAUGACAAAACCUAGACUACAAGCACCACAAAGUUUAUCAUAACGCAGGCGUUGGUGAUGCCCUUGUGAAAUCUAAAUUUUUGGCGAUUCUGUGGGGGAUUAUUGUAUUAUUUUUUGUUGAAUCCCUCAUAGAAUUGCUGAGAAGAUUUCAUGGGGGCUCUCUGUUUUCUUUAUUUUUAAGCUGAGACCAAGGUUUUGGAAAGAAGAUUCAGUAAAAGAUUUUAUUCCGAUACACAGAACAACAUUUUGUGAGUAAUUGGACAUCAAAUGUUCAGGGUGCCAUACUAGACUGUAUUUUGGUUGUGUUCCAUUCGGACUGAAAGCAACUACUUGCUGGUCUGCCCAUGUUAGAAACCUCUCAAUGCACAGCUUUGUCUGCUGCCACCUAUUGUCUUGAAGUGUCCAAUUUCAGUGGAAAUUAUUAGUACAUGUACACUGACUUGUCAUAAUACAGACCGGUAUAAAUCAGUGGGUUGUACAGAAAGAAGUGCUUUGUAGCUAUGUAUUUGCCAAAUAUUGCCAAUACUGAGCUGAAUUUUUGAUAAACCCUUGGUCUCAGCUUAUAAUGAAUACGUUACGGUCUGACUGUCUUCCAUAUUAUAUUUUUUUCUUUUUGCGGUUUCACGGGCAGAACUUUUUGUUGUGUGUGUGUUUUUUCUUUGAAGUCAGUGAUGCUGUGGUCUAAAUGGACAAACUCUCCAGUUUGUGAGUUCUAUAAUGUUUUGUUGUUGUUUUUUAUAAAAUAUAUACACAGUAACAGCCGGGGCUGGAAACAUGCCAGGGCUGGUCCCUCAGAACGAGAUUCAAAAAGUUAGCUAAAAACUUUGAUCUGUGCACUUAAGUCCAUUUCACUUCCAAAAAAAAAAAUGAAAAAAGUUAUAAAGGAUGUAAAAAAUUAUCAAAAAUAUAAAACAGAAAAUAAAAAGUGAGUGGCGCAAAGUGUGAGGAGAGCCUUUUCCAGCCCUGUAUGAUGAUUGUAAGUGCAAAUAGACAAGCCGUUUAUAAAACAAUCGAUUAUUUCAAAUUUCUGGGAUGAUUGAAAACUCUUGGGUUUUUUUUUUGGGUUUUUUUCCUCAAAAGGUAUGAUGUGGAAAUCCCAUUUCUUAUUGGGGGUAUAUUUUGAAGGGAAAAAACAAAUGUUUUAGGCAAAACAAUGUUUGUAAACGUGAUCAAUUUUAUUUGUGUUUUAUGUGUGGGACCUUAUUCAUAAUUCAAAUUAAUUUUGAGAUUAUAGAUAAUUUUUAAUAAUCUUGGGGAGGGGUUUUUUAUGAAUCAUUUCUUCAGUUCAUCAUAGAAAGAGCAAAAUUAUUUUGUGGAGAUUUUUUGUUUUUCUUUCGCAAUAUUUUUUUGUUUAGAAUAAAUAUAUUCACCAGUCAGCAGCUUAUUAUUGAAAAGUUAUUGAAAGACAAAAAUGAUGUGAAGAAAAUUAUUCCCUGAUCGCAAAUGGAAUCUCCUUACCUCUUGAAUACCUCACUCUGUAAAACAGUAAUUAUUUUGGAAGAUUCUAUUUGUGAUCUAGGGUGAAGACUUAAUGUUCUAUGCAAAGAAUUGCAUGUAAUUGUGUAGAGAACGAUGAAGUGGUUGUGUGACUGAUUUGAAGAAUUUCUCUACCCUAAUGAAUUUUUGAUGCCCACAAUGUUUUUUUUUACAAACAUAUUCUGAAUUACAAAUGUACUUUAAAUCUGGAACCAAUGGGCAAUAAAAAACAUAAUCAAGAUUAAAAAUGCACAUUUUGAAUACUGUUUCAGAAUUUGUUUUUUCUUUUCACCAAUAGAACUUAUAUUGGUAUAUUUUGCGUAAAUUUAAAAAAUAUCUUUGUGACACAUUUUCUGUUCUUUUUUUUUAUUAAUUAAUUUGAGUGUUGAAUGUCACAAUUAAAUUUAAAAAAUACAAGUUAGUAAAACUAGUUAACAAAAUAAUUAACAACAUUUCUUUGAAGUGUUUUGGUUUCUUGUUAAAGUUAAUACAAACAUUGUCUCCCCAAAAGAAUAAUUUCAUAAUAAAAAGUUGCCAUUAUUUUGAAUUUUGUGUGCGCAAAAAAAAGUAUAUCCGAAUAACAACUGUUUGCAGUGGCAUUAUGUAUCCUUUUUGUAAUAAUUUUUUAUAGAUAUAAUUCCAAACCUUUUUAGUGGUUUUUUUUUCACCAUCAUCCCUGCAACAGUUAACUUUCAACUUGUGCAAAAAUUUCUCCAAUUCCAAACAGUAAUUUCCUCUGUGUGACAACGCACCUGUUAUUAUUACCUUCCGAUUUUUGCUGAAAUUUGUUGAACGGGUAUUUUUUUUUAUUGAUUGCAUACUGGUUUCUAUUUGUUGGAAAUGCUGGAAGUACAAAUGUCUUUAUUCCUGAAAAUUUUUAAGUAGAUUUAUCACCGAGUGAGAUGUGAUCAUCCAAAAACUGGAUCGCUGCGUUUUUCAACCGCCAUAAUUUUUGGAAAAAAAUGAGCUUUUAAAAAGCUUCUAAUUUGACGAAGACAUAAUCAGUGAUUUUGACACAAAACAAAUGCCUGUUAAUGUCGAGACAUACAUAAACCAAUCUCAUGUUUGUAUAACACACUGUAACAUCUUUGUACAUAUUUUGUAUGUAAUGUCUUUUUGACUCCACAAGUUGGAAAUGAACAUUUUGUACUUCGGGGCUGUACAAACAGUAUGCACUUCUUACUUAAAUUUCUACAGAGUUCUUAUAUUAUAUACUACUUUUUAGCCAAUAAACUGUUGAAUUUUUCUACAGAAUUUUUUUUUUGUUACACGUACUUAAUUUUUUAGACUUUUACUGAGCAGAUUUUUUGUUCCUGCCGUGCACAUCGUUCAAGUUUUUUUGUUAUGAUGCAUGUAACUUUUUUAUACUUAGCGAUUCGCUCAAGUAUUACACCGAUCAUAAUGUGUUGUCCGACACAAUCAUGGUGACUGUUUAAUCUUUGAGUGAUUGACUUUGAGUGUGGUGAAUAUUCAGUGUUUGAGAUAGUUUGUUAUAUUUACCCAACUGUUGUGACAUUUAAAACAAAAAAUAUAAUAAUAAACCCCUCUGAAAGUUGUUAUUGACUGCACUUUUUUUAUACCAUUAUCUCGUUUGCAACUUUUAAUAGACAGCAAAUCUGAGGAUUUUUACCCAGUAGGUUUUUUAAGAAAUAACGAAACAAGCAAUUUGCAUCACAAGCUUGAUGAUGAAUUGUUUGAAGCUAAUCAGAAUGAGACAUGUCAUACACUGUCCAAUCGGAAGAAGGCAUGCCAUUAAUUGUCCAAUCAGUUGCAUUGUUUCACGCUACAAUUCUUAGAGGGGUAAUAACCGCGUUUUGUGUGAAUUAUUAAAACCUGUAAUCUGUUGGGGGUUGAUUUCACAAAGAGCCAAGAUUAAUCUUGAGCUGCAAAUCCAUUAUAGUUGCUAAGCAACUUUAGUUGCUAAGCAAAGUGUGAUAUCAAUACAAAUCACCAUGGUGGUAUUAGCAACUCGGCUUAAGAUAAAACUUGUUUGUGAAAUUAUGCUCCCUACCAUGUUUGAAAGAAGAAGAAAAAAACACUUUUUGAAUGUAUUCCCCAUGUUUUAAAGUUUGAUAUUGUACUUAAAACUCUGCUUUGAUGAGUUAGAAAGUCCUAUGAGAGACAAAGAAAAAAACAUUAUGACUUGGAUGUGUGAUGAUCAGUCCCCUUUUUAUAAUAGGAUGUAGAAGUUUUAAUGAAUUGAAGGACUGAGUUUGGUUAUGAGUGUAUUAUUUUAUUACGCACACAAUGGAGAUGUGCAUAAGAACUGGGAUUUGUUCUGAAUUCAGAGAGGUUUUAAUAAAAUUGUCCAGGAUGGAACAUGAAUUGA